AUGUCCGGCGCAAGACAUUGGGAACAAGACAAAGAUUCGACGAUAUACAUCGGCAACCUUGAUGAGCGCGUUACGGAUGCAUUAGUAUGGGAACUCUUUCUGCAGGCGGGACGGAUUGUCAAUGUGCAUCUACCAAAAGACCGAGUCACGCAGACUCACCAAGGCUAUGGCUUCGUUGAGUUCACCUCCGAGGAGGACGCAGAAUAUGCCGCUCGAAUCAUGAACCAAGUCCGACUAUACGGCAAGCCGAUCCGAGUGAACAAGGCCAGUGCCGAUAAACAGAAAUCAGUGGAAGUCGGCGCUGAGCUGUUCGUGGGCAAUUUGGACCCCAUGGUCGACGAGAGGAUGCUGUAUGAGACGUUCGGCAGAUUUGGCACUCUCGUUGCUCCUCCCAAGAUCGCUCGAGACGAGAAUAAUCUGUCGAAGGGCUAUGGGUUUGUUUCGUUUGCCGACUUCGAAUCGUCAGAUGACGCUAUCGCCAACAUGAAUGGCCAGUACCUCAUGAACAAGGAGGUCACGGUGCAAUACGCCUACAAGAAGGACGGCAAAGGCGAACGCCAUGGUGACCAGGCCGAGAGAAUGCUGGCAGCCCAAGCAAAGGCCCACGGCGUUCAGCCUACCCCUGCGACCAUUCCCAUGGGCGGCCCAGUGUUUGGAGGCAUGCCUCAAACCCCCGCGACCCCGGCCGGGUUUGCACCGCCAGGGGGCAGUUUCCAAGCCGUUCCUCCACCAGCGCAAGCCAGACCCCCUCCUCCGCCGGCCGUACCGCUAGCAGCGCCGCCAAUUGGCCUGCCGGCCCGGCCUCCACCGAGUCAGGCUGGCUACGGCGGACCGCCACAAGGCUUCAUGCCACCAGGUUUCAAUCAGAUGCCUGCAGGCUUCCAGCCCCCCAACGGCAUGCCCGCUGGGUUCGCUCCUCCUCCUGGCUUUGGUGGCCCGCAAACCGGGGCAAUGCCGCCGGCCCAGCCUGUUAUGCCACCGGCAGGCUUUUCGGGAUAUGGCAUCCGCAAAUAA